CCAGGCGGCGGCCAAUCGUGGCGCGCGCCGAGGGUCCCGGCCGGGGGAUCUUGGACGCUGGCUAGCGCGCAGUCUCGCGUCCGGGCGGCCCCCGGCUUUUGCGAGCGGCGUCGCGGGCCUGCGAGCUGGAGUUGCAGCCGCUUCCUCGACCUCCUCCUCGUGUUCGGCGGCCGGCCGGGUAAAGCCCAGCCCGCGCAGCGGGCAGGCGGCGGCUGCCUCAGGCGGAGGCGGAGGUGCGGCGGAGGGUGGGGGCCGCUCCCUUCGCAGGAGCCCGGGCCGGCCCGCGCCUUUGCACCGUGCUCCAUGCAUCCGGAGCCCGCCCCGCCCCCGAACAGCAGCAGCCCCGAGCUUCCCCUCAGCGGCGGCAGCACCACCAGCGGCAGCCGCCGGAGCCGCCGCCGUAGCGGGGACGGGGAGCCCCCGGGGUCGCCGCCGCCGCCACCGCCGCCACCGCCAGCCGCCGUCACCUACCCGGACUGGAUCGGUCAGAGUUACUCCGAGGUGAUGAGCCUCAACGAGCACUCGAUGCAGGCGCUGUCCUGGCGCAAGCUCUACUUGAGUCGCGCCAAGCUCAAAGCCUCCAGCCGGACCUCUGCUUUGCUCUCCGGCUUCGCCAUGGUAGCGAUGGUGGAGGUACAGCUGGACGCCGACCACGACUACCCGCCAGGGCUGCUCAUCGCCUUCAGCGCCUGCACCACGGUGCUGGUGGCCGUGCACCUGUUCGCGCUCAUGAUCAGCACCUGUAUCCUGCCCAACAUUGAGGCGGUGAGCAACGUGCACAACCUCAACUCGGUCAAGGAGUCACCCCAUGAGCGCAUGCACCGCCACAUCGAGCUGGCCUGGGCCUUCUCCACCGUCAUCGGCACGCUGCUCUUCCUGGCCGAGGUCGUGCUGCUCUGCUGGGUCAAGUUCUUGCCCCUCAAGAAGCAGCCGGGGCAGCCCCGGCCCACCAGCAAGCCCACCGCCGGCGGCGUGGUGGCCAGCGUCAACGGCAGCACGGGCGGCAUCACCCCGGGCCAGGCCGCCGCCAUCGCCUCCACCACCAUCAUGGUCCCCUUCGGCCUGGUCUUUAUCGUCUUUGCCGUCCACUUCUACCGCUCGCUGGUCAGCCAUAAGACGGACCGGCAGUUCCAGGAGCUCAACGAGCUGGCCGAGUUCGCCCGCCUGCAGGACCAGCUGGACCACAGAGGGGAUCACCCCCUGACACCCGCCGGUCACUACGCGUAAGCCCCAUGGGCCCGGGCUCUGCAGAUCCCCGGCCUGACGCCGCUCCCCACGACCUCGUCCUGCCCCAGCCUCGCGGACAGCCAGCCAGCUCUGGGGAUUGGGCUUUUGUCCAGGGGCAGAGAGUGGAGGGAAGAGGCUUUUUUUUUUUUUUUUUUUAAGAGAAACGACUGCACUUUGAAACUUUCCUGUUCUUCCAGCUUUGGGCUCACCUCCUGGUAGGAGGCCGCCGGUGGGAGCCAGAGUGAGGACAGACAGACGCUCCCUUUGUCCCUCCCCCUCCCGUGUGUCUGUGCCACUUGAUGCUUCUUGUCUUUUCUGUCUUGACCACCCCCUGCCCCGUUCAGUGUCGUGUGUGUGUGUGUGUGUGUGUGUGCGCGUGCGUGCGCGCACAUGCGUGCACACAGAAAUAUAUUCAUAAGGGACA